GGUACUGCCCUGCUCCAUCGUCACAGUGACCGAACAAGUGAAGAAAUCAUGAUUCAUCAGUGAGUGAAGGCCUAAAAUCGAAGCUCACAUUGUUUUAUUUCAGAAUAUUUAAUUCCUCGCUUGGAUGUCCACCUUGGUGUGACUAGAAUAGCAGGCAUCCCAGUUAGAUACUGUAAUUACUAAGUAGUUAGAGUUAACCGGUGGCCCAUUUUGGGGCUUUAACGUAAGCUAGCUAAACCGACCAAGCUCAGUUCAACUUGUAAACACUGUUGUGAAAGAUGGCUGACAACGGAGCGCACCCGAUCGAAGAGGACCCAGCCGCGGCUUUCCUGGCCCAACAGGAGAGCGAGAUAGCGGGCAUCGAGAACGACGGUGACGGUUUUGGGGUGCUGGAGGGAGCGGACGGCCAGCUGCCGUCGGCUAACUAUGGCGAUUUCGGGGACGAGACCACCACAGUGAACGGGGACAUAUUUCAGGAGUCCAACGGUCCGACAGACAACUAUGCAGCCAUCGCCCAGGUGGACAUUCAGCGGCAAGAACCGGAGAGUUUACGCAAGUGGAGGGAGGAGCAGAAGACGCGCCUGGAGGCAUUAGAUUCGGCUUCCAAGUCGGCAGAGACUGAGUGGAGAGAGAAAGCCAAGAAGGAGCUGGAGGACUGGCAUGUGCACCAGAACGAGCAGAUGGAGAAGAACAAGGCCAACAAUAGGAUUGCUGACAAGGCUUUCUACAAACAGCCCAACUCUGAUGUUAUAGGCUUUGUAGCAUCAGAAGAGGCUUUCCUGGCAGAGAGCGAUGGCGACAGUCCGGGUACUGAAUGGGAGAGAGUAGCUCGCCUCUGCGACUUCAAUCCAAAAACCAACAAACAAGCGAAGGAUGUUUCACGAAUGCGCUCUGUCCUCAUCUCUCUCAAACAAACACCUUUAGCUCGUUAGAAAAGGUCACAGGGAGGAAUUCUGUUCUAGUAACGUUGCCUUCCUCAGUUUUUAACCUCAUGUCACAUCAAAGUUUGUAAGCCCUUUUCCAUAAGAAAAACCUCUGGUGUGUUUAGAACUUUUCAGAACUUCUCGCCUUUCUUGAUGCCUAUUAUAUUGAAACUAUAUACUUAACCUCACUCUUGUCAGAAGACGGAUCGGUCUGCUCUUGAACCAUCCUUUAGCUGGUCAGUUAUACCACUGCUAUACUGAAGAAUAUAUUGUUACUGUAAGUUAAACAUUUUGUUUUCCCUUUAACUUAUAAAUUGUUACUAGGUCAACUUUACUGCAUGCCUCUGCCGGUGUCCUAGAUGCACUUUUAGAUUUCAAAUUAGCAUAUUGGUCAAUGACAAAUACUUACUUAAUACUCACUAUUAAGGAUUGUAACCAUCUAUGCCUCUUAUCGGUCUAAAUUCUAAACAAAUUUUACAUUCAUGCUUGUUGUAUUAUAUUUUUUGUUACUAUAUUUGAAGUAGCUAGUAGACCUUCCUUACAUCAGCUUGUGGCCUUUUUGAUCUAGCUCUUACUCCAGUUGGACUAUUUUAGAAAGAAGUAAUUCCUCUUCUAUUUGGCAAGAUAUCCGCAAAAAAAUAAACAAACACAACCAAAGAUUUCUGAUACCGUCUCAAGUUACAAGUUUACCUGAUUGACUUGUUUGAUUUGACAUUUCACCAGAGCAUUCUCCAAGUUUUAUGUACUGUGUUGCACUGAUGUUUCAGUUUUUAUAACAAUAAGGUGUCCAUUUCAGAUUAAUAAUUAUGUGCACAUUGUUUCACAUGUUGCCUAUUCGAGACUAAUAAGUGAAUGUUCAGAGGGAAGUGGAAAAUAAAAACUGAGUAUGAUCAUCAAGA